AUGAGGGCUACAAUGCAGAAUCAUCCGAUGAAAGGACACAUAAGGACUUCGACAUCAAAACGUGGCGAGCAUUAAAACAGCUGGAUUCUUUUUCGGAAUCGUAUGGUACUAGGUAUGGCUUGUGCAUGCCCGUCUAGACCCUAGCAUUCACUACCUGAGUUUCAUUGCAAAUAUCGAGUGUCGCCAUCGGCUCGCCGAAAGAUUGAUCAAGGAACUGGCUAUAGUACUAGAAUUCGAGUGCCAUGCUCCUGUUGGGCGUUUAAAAUCUGAGAUAAAAGGAUGAUCUAAAGAUUAUGAAAAACGCACCGAGGGGGCAUGGUUCUACCACCUUUCGCAUGAUGCCAUAUAUGUCAGGAUCAUUCUGGGGGAAUUGUCAUUGAACGGCACAGCACGGAAUCACCACAGUACACAGGUACGAGUAACGCUAUAUCCAACUUGAAGGGUCGAAUAUCACUGACCGCAAGUCUAACAUACUGAGAUGGCGCCAGUGUUGACUCGAAACAUCGUUGUCUUUGGAGAAACAGGAGCGGGAAAGAGCUCCGUCAUCAACCUGAUGGCCGGCCAACACAUUGCGCACACAUCACCCGACUCUCACCGCUGUACUCUGCAUUGGACAGAGUACCAAAUAUCUUUCGAAAAUGGGACUCGAUACAAGGUGUUUGAUACGGUCGGCCUUGAGGAGCCCCGUCUACAAACCGGAGACUACCUCACUGCAAUUUCAAACGCAUACGGCCUCAUCAACACCUUGAAAGAACGCGGAGGUGUCAACCUCUUGCUCUUCUGUAUACGCGGAGGUAGAGUCACGGCAACUAUGCAGAGCAACUAUAGGUUGUUCUUCGAAUUUUUCUGCGAGGAAAAAGUCCCGCUCGCGCUAGUCGUCACCAACCUCGAAAGAGAGGCAAGGAUGGAAGACUGGUAUACGCGGAAUGUGGGCCACUUGAAGAAGCAUAGCAUCAGGUCCGCGGGACACGCAUGCAUAACUGCGGCGAAUCUUCUCGACGGGAGACAUAGAGACAAGUAUGAAGAGUCGCGCGGAAUACUCCGUAGAGUGGUUGAGGCUCAUUGCAAUACGUCCAUGGAAGGGUGGACCGGUGGACAAGAAUGGCUUUCUUCGUUCAUCAGCAAGCUCGCGGAAUUUGAUGUUGGACGUCCCAAAAAGACAGAUAUCAUUGGGAUCCUCACGAAACGAUGUGGAAUGACCAAGGAGAUAGCUCGGCAGUGCAUUGGCAACAUCGUCAUGCGAACUCGCGAAGGGGUGGACCACUUCGACAUGGCAAGGGCUGGCUUACAAACGGUCGACCGUGUUUUCAAGGACCGACCAGACCGUUUGGACCGUUUUCAAGCACCGGAAGCAACCUUUUUGAGUGCAGAAAAGGCAUGA